GUGCACUCUUGGACCCCACCUUCCUCUUCCAGUGCAUCACAGCCAACAUCAUCUGCUCCAUUGUCUUUGGACAGCGCUUUGAUUACAAAGACCGCCAGUUCUUGCACCUGCUGGACCUGUUCAAUCAGAUCUUGUCACUCAUCAUCUCAUUCUCCAGCCAGGUGUUUGAGCUCUUCUCUGGUUUCUUGAAGUACUUUCCUGGUGCCCACAAGUAAAUCUUCAGAAAAGCACAAGAAAUCCUUGAUUACAUAGGCCACAAUGUGGAGAAACACCAGGCAACUUUGGACCCCAACAAUCCAAGAGACUUCAUUGAUACCUACCUUAUACGCAUGGAGAAGGAGAAGUCCAACCAACACACGGAGUUCCAUCACCAGAACCUCAUGAUCUCCGUGCUGUCUCUCUUCUUUGCUGGCACCGAGACCAGCAGCACCACGCUCCGUUAUGGCUUCCUUCUCAUGCUCAAAUAUCCCCAUGUUGCAGAGAAAGUCCAAAAGGAGAUCGAUCAGGUGAUCGGCUCACACCGCCCACCAACCCUUGAUGACCGCAACAAAAUGCCUUACACUGAUGCUGUCAUCCAUGAGAUUCAGAGAUUUUCAGAUCUUGGCCCAAUUGGAUUGCCACACAAAGUCACCAAAGACACUUUGUUCCGAGGGUAUCUGCUCCCCAAGAACACUGAAGUGUACACCAUCCUGAGUGCAGCUCUCCAUGACCCACGGUACUUUGAACAACCAAAUGCCUUCAAUCCUGACCAUUUCCUGGAUGCCAAUGGGGCUCUGAAGAAAAGUGAAGCUUUUAUGCCCUUUUCUACAGGAAAGCGCAUUUGUCUUGGCGAAGGCAUUGCCCGCAACGAAUUGUUCCUUUUCUUCACCACCAUCCUCCAGAACUUCUCUGUGUCCAGUCCUGUGGCUCCUAAGGACAUUGACCUUAGGCCCAAGGAGAGUGGUUUGAACAAUGUGGCCCCAACAUACCAGAUCCGCUUCUUGGCCCGCUGACUGGGAUGAGGUGUCUGGGUGUCCCCACUCCCUGUUGAGAAUGGCCACAUCUUUCUUCCUCUGUGAGACCUGCUGCAAACCAGGCUGUAGGUCACUGCUUAAACCGUUCCACCUUACUGCAGCUUCUGCAAAGCUCCGAGGUGUGUUCUUCUGCCCUGAGUAUGGCACUGGAGAAAUCAGUCAAUGUCUUGCUUGAUGUGUGAACAGACUUCCUGAGGCCACAUCUCAUGCUGAAUCAGUCCCCUCUUGCUCCUAACAGCCAUAGUCACCAUGUAUCAGUUUCCGGUGCCCUAUGAUCUACACCAAUGGACUCUGUAUUUGGUCUAAUUCUAUGUCUAUGGACUUGCCUAAUAUGUAUGGUUCACAUAAACAGAGUCGUGUAGUGUGUGA